AGUUUGCAUUGCUCUGCAUCGGCGUUUUGGAUUUGGAUUCCCCCAAAUCUCUACAAUUUCCCGUUUUUUUUUUAGUUAUUUAUUCUGAUUUUUUCUCUUUUAACCCAAAUCUUCCGCCGUGCAUGGUGAGAGAUUAACUCAUAGAUCUUCAUUUUGGGUUGGGUUUUGAUAAAUUUGAACAAUAGGUCCUUGUUGGGCUUCAUCUCUUGAGAAUCGGUUGUUAUAUAAAGUUAAAACGGUAUAAAAUUUGGCAGAUCUGGUGUUUUUGUGUUAUAAGAUAUCUGGGUGUCUUAAUUAAUCAUAUCCAAUAAAAAUCGGCGAAUAAUAAUUGAAAACUAAUUGAAAAAAAAUUGUGAUUGUAAAGAAUGUCGGUGGCGUCGGGAUCCGGGAUUCAGGUGAGGAGUAGCGCCGGAAGUGGUUUGGUGGUAAAGCCAUGCGGGAGUCGCCAGUUGAAUACAGUGGCGGCGCUGAGCAGGGUGGGGAUGAACAGAAGAGAUAGGGUUUCGAGGGGGUUGGUGAAGAGGAACGUCGGUGGUUUGGAUAACAGGUUCAUUUCAGGGACGGUGGUUCGGGGUGGUGCUGCGGGGUUGCGCACGGAAAGUUUGCAUCUUUGGCGCACGGACGGGCCUGGCCUGGCGCCGAAGCUGGUGAUCAAGAAUGCCUUGUCUCAGGUGCCCGAGAAGCCGCUGGGGCUGUAUGAUCCUUCCUUGGACAAGGACUCGUGUGGGGUCGGGUUCGUCGCUGAACUCUCCGGUGAAAGCAGCCGUAAAACGGUUACUGAUGCAAUAGAGAUGUUGGUACGGAUGUCACAUAGAGGUGCAUGUGGGUGUGAGACAAAUACUGGGGAUGGAGCUGGAAUUCUCGUGGCUCUUCCUCAUGAUUUCUACAAGGAGUCUGCUAAGGAAGCAGGAUUUGAGCUUCCCCGACCUGGUGAAUAUGCAGUGGGCAUGUUUUUCUUGCCCACUUCUGAAAGUCGGAGGGAACAAAGCAAAAUUGUAUUCACAAAGGUUGCGGAAUCGCUUGGGCACACUGUCCUUGGCUGGCGGCCUGUCCCCACAGAUAACUCAGGGUUGGGCAAGUCUGCUUUGCAGACAGAGCCAGUAAUUGAGCAAGUGUUUCUUACACCUACUCCCAGGUCGAAGGCAGAUUUUGAGCAACAGAUGUACAUAUUAAGGAGGGUUUCGAUGGUGGCUAUCCGAGCUGCAUUAAACCUCCAACAUGGUGGUGUGAGAGAUUUCUAUAUAUGUUCUCUUUCCUCAAGAACUAUUGUCUACAAAGGUCAGUUGAAGCCCAAUCAGUUGAAGGAAUACUACUACGCUGAUCUUGGAAAUGAAAGGUUUACGAGCUACAUGGCCCUGAUACACUCUAGGUUUUCAACAAACACAUUUCCCAGCUGGGAUCGCGCUCAGCCCAUGCGUGUCCUGGGACACAAUGGAGAAAUAAACACACUACGGGGAAAUGUAAACUGGAUGAAGGCUCGUGAAGGACUGUUAAAGUGCAAGGAGCUAGGCUUGUCAAAGACAGAGAUGAAGAAGCUUCUACCAAUUGUAGAUGCCAGCUCAUCAGAUUCAGGAGCAUUUGACGGGGUUCUUGAGCUUUUGGUUAGAGCUGGCAGGAGUCUUCCUGAGGCUAUAAUGAUGAUGAUUCCUGAAGCCUGGCAAAAUGAUAAGAACAUGGACCCUCAUCGUAAGGCCUUGUACGAGUACUUCUCAGCCCUCAUGGAACCAUGGGACGGCCCUGCUCUCGUAUCAUUUACUGAUGGACGCUAUCUUGGAGCAACCUUGGAUCGAAAUGGAUUGCGUCCAGGUCGAUUUUAUGUAACGCAUAGUGGUCGAGUUAUCAUGGCAAGUGAAGUUGGAGUCGUUGAUAUUCCACCCGAAGAUGUCAGCAAGAAAGGAAGACUUAAUCCUGGCAUGAUGCUCCUUGUAGAUUUUGAGAAGCAUGUUGUUGUAGAUGAUGAGGCCUUGAAGCAGCAAUAUUCACUUGCAAGGCCUUAUGGAAAAUGGCUUGAAAGGCAAAAGCUGGAAUUGAAAGACAUAGUUGAAUCCGUUCAGGAAUCUGUCAGGGUUCCUCCACCCAUACAAGGAGUUUCACCGGCAUCUCUUGACAAUGACAACAUGGAAAACAUGGGUAUCCAUGGUUUAUUGGCACCUUUGAAGGCUUUUGGUUACACCGUUGAAGCCUUGGAGAUGCUGUUACUACCUAUGGCAAAGGAUGGCAUUGAGGCCCUUGGUUCAAUGGGAAACGAUGCUCCAUUGGCUGUGAUGUCUAACAGGGAGAAGCUCACAUUUGAGUAUUUCAAACAGAUGUUCGCUCAAGUAACUAAUCCUCCAAUCGAUCCAAUACGUGAAAAGAUUGUUACUUCUAUGGAAUGCAUGGUUGGUCCAGAAGGCGAUCUCACAGAAACCACAGAAGAGCAGUGUCAUCGCCUGUCACUCAAAGGUCCUCUUUUAUCCAUUGAUGAGAUGGAAGCAAUUAAGAAGAUGAACUACAGAGGCUGGCGAAGCAAAGUUAUUGAUAUCACUUACUCGAAGCAUCAUGACAGGAAUGGUCUGGAGGAGACCUUAGAUAAGAUAUGUUCAGAAGCUCACAACGCUAUUAAGGAGGGUUAUACAACGCUCGUGCUCUCUGACAGAGCCUUCUCGUCUAAGCGUGUCGCGGUGAGUUCCCUAUUGGCUGUUGGUGCUGUACAUCAUCAUCUAGUUAAGAAGCUUGAGCGAACACGGGUUGCAUUGAUCGUUGAAUCUGCUGAGCCCCGUGAAGUGCACCAUUUUUGUACGCUCGUGGGGUUUGGUGCAGAUGCUAUCUGCCCUUAUUUGGCUAUAGAAGCCAUUUGGAGACUGCAAGUCGAUGGAAAAAUUCCUCCUAAAGCAAAUGGUGAGUUCCACUCAGAGGAUGAACUGGUCAAGAAAUACUUCAAAGCAAGCAACUAUGGUAUGAUGAAGGUCCUUGCGAAAAUGGGGAUAUCAACUUUGGCCUCAUACAAGGGUGCUCAGAUUUUUGAGGCUGUAGGCCUCUCCUCGGAGGUAAUGGAAAGAUGCUUCAAUGGAACUCCAAGUAGAGUUGAAGGUGCCACUUUUCGGGCACUUGCACAUGAUGCACGCGAGUUGCAUGAUCUUGCUUUUCCAACACGCACAUUACCUCCUGGAAGUGCUGAGGCUGUAGCACUUCCUAAUCCCGGAGAUUAUCAUUGGAGGAAGGGUGGUGAGAUUCAUCUUAACGAUCCCCUUGCCAUGGCAAAACUGCAAGAUGCUGCCCGAACCAACAGUGUGGCUGCCUACAAAGAGUAUUCUAAACGCAUACAAGAAUUGAAUAAGUCUUGCAAUUUAAGGGGACUUCUUAAAUUUAAGGACACCGACUCGAAGGUUCCUCUGGAAGAAGUUGAACCAGCCAGUGAGAUUGUAAAACGAUUUUGUACUGGAGCCAUGAGCUAUGGAUCUAUAUCAUUGGAAGCACACACAACUUUAGCAAUUGCCAUGAACAAGCUAGGGGGAAAGUCAAAUACAGGUGAGGGUGGUGAACAACCAUCUCGUAUGGAGCCUCUUCCUGAUGGUUCAAGGAAUCCAAAAAGGAGUGCAAUUAAGCAGGUAGCAAGUGGAAGAUUUGGAGUUUCUAGUUAUUACCUUACAAAUGCUGACGAGUUACAGAUAAAAAUGGCUCAGGGAGCAAAGCCGGGAGAAGGUGGUGAACUUCCUGGCCACAAGGUCAUUGGGGACAUUGCUGUCACUAGAAAUUCAACUGCCGGUGUGGGUCUAAUUAGUCCUCCUCCCCAUCAUGAUAUUUAUUCAAUUGAAGAUCUUGCUCAAUUGAUUCAUGACCUCAAGAAUGCCAAUCCUGGGGCACGUAUAAGUGUGAAGUUGGUUUCUGAAGCUGGUGUUGGAGUUAUUGCUAGUGGUGUUGUCAAGGGUCACGCUGAUCAUGUUCUAAUCUCUGGUCAUGAUGGUGGUACAGGAGCCUCAAGAUGGACUGGUAUCAAGAGUGCCGGGGUUCCAUGGGAACUUGGUCUUGCAGAGACCCAUCAAACCCUAGUUGCUAAUGACCUGCGGGGUCGAACUGUUCUUCAGACUGAUGGUCAACUAAAAACCGGGAGAGAUGUGGCCAUAGCUGCACUUCUUGGUGCAGAGGAGUUUGGUUUUAGUACCGCUCCCCUUAUCACGCUUGGCUGCAUCAUGAUGCGGAAGUGCCACAAAAACACUUGUCCAGUUGGGAUUGCCACCCAGGAUCCAGUUCUCAGAGAAAAGUUUGCAGGUGAACCUGAACACGUCAUAAAUUUUUUCUUCAUGCUGGCGGAAGAGCUGAGGGAUAUAAUGUCUCAACUAGGGUUUCAAACGAUUAAUGAAAUGGUUGGCCGUUCAGACAUGCUUGAAUUGGAUAAAGAUUUGGCCAAGAACAAUGAGAAGCUAAAGAAUAUUGACCUGUCCUUGUUACUUCGACCAGCUGCUGAUAUUCGUCCAGAAGCUGCACAGUAUUGUGUGCAGAAACAGGAUCAUGGUUUGGACAUGGCCUUGGACAACAAACUAAUAGCUUUGUCCAAACCUGCUUUAGAGAAAAGUUUCCCUGUGUAUAUUGAGUCACACAAAUUCUUGCAAGCACACAAGAAAAAGAAUCUGCAAAAGCAGCUGCUGAACAUGCUGCCAAAGAAGCUGAGGUGCAGGAAGAGGAAGAGUUGAUGGAGAAAGAUGCUUUUGAAGAGCUUAAGAAGCUGGCAGCUACAUCCUUGAAUGAAAAAGACUGUCAGGCUGAGGAGGACAAACAAUCGAAGAGACCUACUAGGGUUCCAGAUGCUGUGAAGCACCGAGGUUUUGUUGCCUAUGAGCGAGAGAGCAUUUCGUACAGAGAACCUAGUAUUCGGAUGAAUGACUGGAAAGAAGUUAUGGAAGAAUUAAGACCUGGCCCACUUCUGAAGACACAAUCUGCUCGUUGUAUGGACUGUGGCACUCCUUUUUGUCAUCAGG